AUGCCGUCUUCGGUGGCAAGUCACACAAUCCCGUCGUUCUAUGCAUGCUACUUUCUGCGCUCGCUCUCGUGUCCCGGCAUCACCUACAUCGGAUCCACGCCUGCUCCGCCCCGGCGCAAGCGGCAGCACAAUGGCGACCUCACGCAGGGCGCAUGGAAGACGGCGCGCUCGCGGCCGUGGGAGAUGGAAUGCAUCGUCUACGGCUUCAGCUCCAAGAUCGCCGCGCUCCAGUUCGAGUGGGCGUGGGCCAAACCGCAUCUUUCUCGCCACCUCAAGUUUCUCGCCGCGGAGUGUUCUGCCUCCGGGGUGCGCACCGACACAACCGCGCUGGUCGGAAUGCCUCUCUUCCCAUCUUCUAGCAUGACGCCGGGUCAAACCAAGUGGGGAAAGCCGAAACGACGCAUCGCACGUGCGCCUGCCAGCCCGAAUGCAAGGCUGCUCGCCAUGCGCGCGCUGCUACGAUCAGAGCCGUUCUGCGGAUGGGGUCUCAAGCUUGCCUUCUUUACCGAAUGGAGCUGGCUCGCGUAUCAGAGACUCGAACGACAAGCGCUUGCCGACAACGCAUCAGGAUGUGAUGCGAUCCUUCAGCCACUGUUGCGGUUUAGUAGGUCCGGCAAGCCUUUGCAUCCGAUGUAUCCUGUGGCGCUGUGCGACUUCAGCGGUGUAGACGGUAAGCGCGUGCCGCUCGUGCAUGUUUCGGCGGAGCAUCGUGCAGGCGCCGGCGUCGCCGCUGAGCCCGUCAAGAAGCGGGCCUCGAGUGCUAAAGCUGCGGCCGCGAGUGCCGAGGGCGGGUGGUCAGAGACGCUGCCUAAGGGCGCCACUCUGAAAUCGCUCGACGCGUGCAUACAGGACUUUGCAGAGUUUCCCAUGCCGCCGACGUCGCUGGAAAGCACCGACCUGACGGUCAAAGCCAAGCGCGUGACCAAGGCCAGUAAAGCAAAGGCAAUCGACGAUGAGCAAGACUCGGAUCUGGCCGUGGAUCUGGAGGACGACACAAGCGCAGAAGCGGCUCCGAUUGAAGGGGCCACGGCGUCCGACAGGAUCCUGCAUCGGAUGCUGUUCGUCGAUCUGGAUGCGGAGGAAGUCGAGUGGAGACACUUCGAGGCAUCGCUCUCAGUCCACCUUGCGACCACAUCGGGAGCGUCGACUGGGGAAGCAGCGAGCGACUACAUGCAGACGUGCGUGCAGCGGCACAUUGCAGCUCAGGACGCGCGCACGAUCAACGAUGCCCUCCCUGCUCCCACCGCGCCCUGUGCGCUGUGCCACGAGCCAGUCGACCUUACGCGCCAUCUCGACUUUGCACUCUGUCCCCACCCGACCUCGAGCACGGCGCCAGUCAUGUCAACGACAGCGGCAGCGCCGUCUCGUGGUGAAGCGGAGCGGUGCAACUUGGUAUACCAUCUGUCAUGCCUGGCCAACUCGUUUCUCGAGCAGCAAAGUGCCGUUGCGCCACAGGAUGCAGAUGCGGCGAGCAGCAGAAACACGGUUCUGCCCACGCACGGCGCAUGUCCAUGCCACCCGCCCGAGCGCGCAGACGGCGAAUAUGGACGUAUCGACAGUAUGGCGUUGUGGGCUGAUGUGGUGCGCGGCAUGUACCGCCGGUCGGAACGGUUUGAGCGGCUACUGCAGCUGCUCGUUCGCUCGGGCCGAACGCUGGCGGACCUGCGCAAUCCAGAGGCCGUCGCCAAGCCAACGCGCGCCAAGAAAGGCGCCAAAGCGAGCGAGGAUACAGUCGCCGCUGGCAAGGCAGAGCAAAAGGGCAAGAAGCGCAAACCACGCAAGCCGACCACCGAAGAAGCAGAUGCGGGUUCGGCAGAAGCUCCACCUACCGAGAAAGCUGCGCGCAAGAAGCCCGGCCGCAAGAAGGCACUGCCACCCGUCGAGGUGAUCGAUCUCACGUGA